AUGCCGUACAUCGAGAAAGUGGAGCAGAUUCCCCCGACUGCGCUCGUCUUCGUGAACAAGACGCUCUUGAAGGCGGCGCGAGAGCUGGGAACGCAGAAAGAUGGCACAUGGCCUGGCUACUCCAUGCUGGCCGCAGAGCUCCUCCGGCACACGCAGCAGCACCUGACAACAGAGGCCCUGGCGCGAUACAUCCUGUCUGCUUCGGGGCGGGGCUAUGCCUCCAAGGUACUUUACAUCUCCCACUGCCUUCAUGGCGACUACCAGUGCUACGUGUCGCUGCACGGAUUGCGCCGGGUCUUAGGCGCUGGCUUGGUUGAUAUCCCGCGAUUGGACUACAUGUACGAGCCGCACGUCGCGCCAAUGCAGCCGAUAGAGCGGCGGAUGCUCUGCCCACAGACCUCUUGCACUGUCUUGAGUGGUGGGCGAGGGGACACGGGCAAAGCGACUUUUGGUAUGGCUGGAGAGGGGAUGCCCGUCGCGAUCUAUGGCGGCGGUUUCAGCUACGCCUACCGACUGCAGGACCUGCCCAUCAAUCGGUCUCUGUCCGCUCUGCGGCGGAGCCUGGCAUCGCACGAGUUUGACGCAGUGAUCUUCCCCAAUGCGGAGGUCGCGCAAGGACUCGGACCUCGUGAGGUGAGGCUGCUGGUACACUUAGUGCGACAGCGCUACCAGCCAAAGGACAUCAUUGUUCUGGACGGUCGGGACCCAGACAAGCGUGGGAGGCUCCCACCAGGAGUUGCGGAGCUCGCCGCGCAAGGAUUUGUCUACUUCCUGCGUGAACCUCCGAGUUUCUGCGAAGAAAAGUAG